UCAAUUUUGGGGGUCCAAUGUGAAGUGCAGAAGCAGCUGAAGGCCUUUGUCACUCUUGAGCGCUUCGAACAGAUCUACAGCUCCAGCAUUGCUGGGUGUCGGCAUGUCAAGAGGAACAAGAACUUUGCUUCUGGAGGCUCUAUCUUUGGCAAGGGCGUCAAGUUCGCCAUGAAGGACGGGCGCGUGGCCACUGACAUUAUCAGCGUGGCCAACGAGGAUGGGCGGAGGAUCGCGGCCAUCCUGAACAAUGCCCAUUACCUGGAGAACUUGCACUUCACCAUCGACGGGGUGGACACACACUAUUUCAUUAAGCAGGGGCCGUCAGAGGGUGACCUGUCCAUCUUGGGCCUCAGUGGUGGGCGGAGGACCCUGGAGAAUGGCGUGAAUGUGACAGUGUCCCAGAUCAACACAGUGCUGAAUGGAAGGACUAGACGUUACACAGACAUCCAGCUCCAGUAUGGUGCACUGUGUCUAAACACUCGCUACGGGACCACCUUGGACGAGGAGAAGGCACGCGUCCUGGAGCUGGCCCGACAGCGCGCUGUCACCCAAGCUUGGUCCCGGGAACAGCAGAGACUGCGGGAUGGGGAGGAGGGUAUUCGCUCGUGGACAGAAGGGGAGAAGCAACAAGUGCUGAACACAGGCCGGGUACAGGGCUACGAUGGCUAUUUUGUGAUCUCAGUGGAGCAGUACCCUGAACUCUCAGACAGCGCCAACAACAUCCACUUCAUGAGACAGAGCGAAAUGGGCAGAAGGUGA